AUGAAGGUGAAGAAAAACAUCCUCGUCGGCUGUACCGGAAGUGUGGCCACGAUCAAGCUUCCCCUGCUGGUGGAAAAACUGCUCCAGCUGACCGAGUUCGAGGUGGAAGUACACGUGAUCGUCACCGAGCAUGCCCGGCAUUUCUUCUCGCCGCAGGAUCUGCCGGCCGCGGUCACACUCCACACGGACGCGGAAGAGUGGACGAGCUGGCAGAAGCGGGGCGACCCGGUCCUGCACAUCGAGCUGGGCAAGUGGGCCGACCUGCUCGUGAUUGCACCGCUCGACGCUAACAGCCUCGCCAAGAUGGCCAACGGGCUGUGCGAUAAUUUGUUGCUCUGUACGACACGCGCCUGGGAUCCGACGAAACCGUUGCUCUUCUGUCCCGCGAUGAACACGCGCAUGUGGGAACAUCCGAUUACGGCGGCACAGAUCGGUACGCUCAAGUCCUGGGGCCACCGGGAGGUGCCGUGCAUUGCGAAAACGCUCAUGUGUGGCGAUACGGGGCUGGGUGCGAUGGCCGAAGUGGAUACGAUCGUCAGCACGAUCAGGGACACGCUGUCGAUGGAGCAGAGUUGAGAUUUAAUGGAAUAAAUGGUUAUGUUUCUUUUUUUCUGAAA